AUGCAAGUAAAGGACAAACCAACAUUUAUUAUUAUUUUUAUCUCACCAAGAGCAGAGAAUACAAUGAGUGAGUGUGACAUAUGUGAAUUUACGUUGCGUAGCGGAGACGCAAUGAUAAGCAGCCCAUGUGGCCAUACAUUUCAUCGUCAGUGUGUUGCAGAUCGAUGGAAGAAAAACGGAAGAGAAAAUUGCAGAAAGUGUGGCAAAUACUGGAAUGUAAAAGCUGCUCUUGAUAAUGAAAAGGGGAAAGGCGGAUCUACUGCUGCAGCAGUUUUAAAUAACAACAAUUAUACCGCUGGUGACGGUAAUACAAAAGAACCUUCUAAAGCAAAAACUGGGUCUACUCGGGAGAGUUCCCGUUCGUCUUCAUCGUCAUCAAGUGGACAAACAUCAACAACAGGGACAGCGUCUUACACGGGCGGGGACGAACAUGGUGCAAAAUCAACGGAGAAAGACUCAGAAGAUCACCGAAACAAGUAUUCAGUAUAUAUUCCAGAAAUACCAUUUACUAUUAAAGAUCCGCAGGACUUUGAGAACACUAUUCGCCAAUGGAUUCCACCAAACGUAAAAGAUUAUGUGGAGAGCAUUAAAUGCUUUCUGAACUUUGGUUGCGCUAUUGUUUAUGUAACGAGUGAAGCAGCUAAACGUCAACUUGUUGAAAAAGUUCGAGAGAUCAAAUUAUCAUUAGAAGACGGUGAAAUAACGAUUUCGUUCAGCGAUACUCUAGAAGUUGUCUCGUACGUCGUAUUAAACAAGGACGAUCAUCGUACGAGUAGUCGAUUGCCAACAUCAGAAGAAGUAAGUCAAAAAUGGGCUAAUCAUCUUAGUGUAGACGAACCACUAUCGUGCUUUAUGUUGGAUGCGCAAUUUCCCAACAUUUAUCAUAUUACAUCCAACUUUUCGGAUCGAUUCUUCAACAGUACUGUUAAAAAGAAAUUCUCUAUCGAUGAUAUAUCAGCAAGAAUAUAUUUUUCUGCUGAUUGUAGCUAUUUGAAAGAUCUUCCAGAAUCCAGCACCGAUGAAACCUUAACAAAAACGAUCGGAGAUUGCAUUCACGAGAGAAACGUUUCACCAGAAUAUCUUUACACACAAAUAGAUCAGCGCACACGCAGUGCAUGUGUUAUUGCUACUGGCGAAGCUCGCAAAUGGACAGCACAAUCAUGUAUUGAUAUUGAUGGUAGAAAAAUAUCGAGGAGGAGUUUUAACUAUCGCUUACUUAUUGAACCGGUUUCGAAAAGUGACGUUGAUCGUAUUAUCAAUCAUCAAGUGUUUAAUGGAAAAGUGAUAGAUCAUAAGUAUGCUGACAAGAAACUGCUUGUAAUUAUUGAAGAUAAAUAUGUUUUUGGCAAAUGCUUACGAUUAAAGAAACUAGAGAUUGAUGGCCAACGUUUUCGUAUUAGCGAGAAUGUUGCAUCGCAAGAAAUGGGCGAUUGCGAAAUCAAUGCUCAAACAUGGUACAAAACAAAAAUGGCCGAAGUCAAACCGGACAUUAUGCAAUUCCUAGACGAUCCUCAUCAUUUCAUUUUUAAGUGCCGAUGGAAUGCGAAGGCAUGGCUUGAAGAGUUUCAAAAUUCAGCAUCUGCACCGCAUCAUGGUGACCGCAAUCGCGGUGCUUCACGCUCCGAAAAGUCUGCGAAACCUGAUCAUACACGUCAUCUACUUCGAAUGACUGUCAUGCUCGACACUUUUGCUGCCGUGAAGGAGAAACGUUAUUUUAUCGACGAUCAGGAAGUAAAGUUGAAGCUAGAUGAUAAAUUAACCACCAUUAUUUACAACCAUCAAUCCAAACUCGAACAAUGCUCACAAAUACCAUACAAAAAAAUUCAACAUGAUCGAACCAACAUUCAAGUUCAGCAAGAGGACUGCCUUGCUGUGUAUGAGAAACUAGUUGAGAAAGAUUACCAUCCCGUACUAUUAAAUAUGGCUAAUCAAACAACUCCUGGAGGUGGAUAUAAAAAAGGUGAUGGCGCACAAGAAGAGAACAUCUUCCGUCGAUCCGAUUACUUUCGCAGCCUAGAUCUCGAAUUAGAUUCAUAUCAUGAUCAACGAGCUGAACGCUUUAUCCGCACAUCUGACUGUGAAAAAGAGGCUGUGGGUGAUGAAAAGCGCAUCUAUCCAAUGGAUGAAUUCGGUGCAAUUUAUACUUCAGGUCUCACCGUGUUUCGUCAUUCAGAAGACAAAGGUUAUGCUUACAUGAAGAAACCAUUGAC